AUGAUAUUCCGUGUCAGCUCCUCGUCCAAAACAUCCUUGCCCAUCACCUGCUCGACUGGUCAUCAGCCAAACCUCUCUGACUUUGGUCUGGAAGCCAUGAUACAGGAUCCUUCUUUCGAUCCAGAUCGAAAAAUCACCGACGAGAAAUUCUCGUUGAAUCCCGAAGAAGUUCACGAGAUCUAUUCUCCAGUCUCGUCCGAACGAGACUCGGAUGAUGACGACUCUCAAAUGACCUCAGCCAUGACCGUGACACCAACCCCUCGUCUCCAACUUCAUGUCCACGAUCCAAGGAAGAACAAGUGGGGAUCUACCAGUCGCCCUAAAGAAAAGGACUGCGAUGCCUGUAACACCGGCGAAGGAUCACGCGCACUCGCGUGUCCGACCCUCAACAACCAGCCCCUUGAUCCAGCGUCCCGGAACUUGCUGAAGAUCAUUCGACACUUUCUGACUUAUCUCUUCGUCGGCGGUGCUUUGAGAGCCCUCAAGCAAAGGACAAGUUUAUGCGCGCUGCCCGGGAUAGAACUCCCGGUGCCUUCCAUCAUGGUGGCAAUGGGUCUUGAUUGGGAUACGACAUGCGCUCAUCCUUUCCUGAAACGCUUGCUCAAUUUCUACGGACUGGAAGAAGAGAUCGUCUGCGUCAAGGGGUCUGAGAAUGAUGGUGACCCCGAGAACGAGAUUGACGUGGUUCUCUGUCUAAAAGCAAGCUAUUGGCGAGCGCACCAAGCGAAACGUGAGGCUUUGAAUCUCAUCCCAGUAUGUCCGAUCAUAGUCCAAAGAACUUCUCAAGACAACUCGAUGGACCGCCUCUGGAAGUGGUGCUUACAAUAUUUCACUUCCCUCGAGCAAAUUCGGAUCGGGUAUGAUAAAUACCGAUGGCCACUUCCAUACUUCGUAGUGGAUGGAAGUUGGUGGAGAGUUGGGUUCGCAAUCAAAGACGGAAGUACCGUCCAGCUGUACGACGAUCUGAUUGGCUCCAUGGGAUGGGCUAACGGUAUUCAAAAAGUAAUGGCCGUCCUUCGACAUGUCAUCGUGUUGACAGCGGAGCGUCAUCGCGAGUGGUACCUCGAACACAGCACAAAGCAUGCUCACUAG